AUGAACUCGACUCUCCUGCUCGCAUUUCUUUUGUUCAGUGCCCUAGUAUUAUAUCGCCUGUCUAACUUACUUCUCCGUCGAAGCAGACCUUUCCCUCCCGGACCCAAGGGACUCCCGCUCAUAGGGAACCUCUGGGAUGUUCGCGUAGAUUACCCAUGGCUAACUUAUGCUCGAUGGGCUGCCACCUACGGCGACGUCUUGUAUCUGGAUAUACCCGGAAAUCCGACCAUUAUAAUCAACUCUGCCCAAGCAGCGGCGGAUCUUUUCGAAAAGCGUUCAGGGAACUAUUCCGAUAGGCCAGAUUUUACCAUGUUGAAGCUAGCGGGAUGGGAGAAUACUUUCGGCUUUAUGAGAUAUUCUAACUGGUGGAGGACACAUCGCCGAAUGUUUCACCAAUAUUUCCAGCCUCGUGCAGUGCCAGCAUACUAUCCUGAGCAGAUGAAAGCGACGCAGGUCUUGUUGCAACAACUAUAUAAAUUUCCCGAUGCGUUUGCUCGCCAUAUUCGCCACCAUGCUGGAUCAAUCAUUAUGAAAAUCGUCUACGGAUACGAUGUAAAUCCUAGCGGCGAUCAAUUUGUGGAGUUGGCAGAUCGGGCUCUGGAACAUGUUCGUGCCUUUGGAGGCGAAGGGAACUUUCUCGUCGACUACAUCCCUCCUUUAAAAUACCUUCCGCGAUGGAUGCCUGGUACAAAAUUCUUGAGCCUUGCACAAGCCUGGAGAAAAGAUGUCAAGAACAUGGAAGAAGAGCCAUUUAAAUAUGCAAUAGAGUCAGUGGCUAAGGGCUUUGCACCUCCUUCAUUCGUCUCGGAAAAUUUAGCAAAGAAUGGAGCAUCAGAGAAUGAAACACACCUUGAAAUCGUAAAGAAUAUAGCUGGGGGUGCCUUUGCUGCGGGAGCUGAUACUACUGUGUCAGUUGUCCUUUCCACGAUACUCGCUUUUCUUCUUUACCCCGAAGUACAAGUCAAAGCCCAAGCCGAACUGGACGCUGUUGUCGGACAUGGCACCCGUCUACCGAAUUUUGAAGAUCGUCUGCAGCUGCCGUAUAUUGAUGCUAUCGUGUUGGAAGCCCUGAGAUGGAAUCCUGUUAUACCACUGGGUAUUGCUCAUCGCACCGUGAAAGAGGAUGUUUACAGAGGUUAUUACAUCCCUGCAGGUGCGACUGUCAUUGGAAACGCUUGGGCCAUACUCCACGACGAAAAUGAUUAUCCGAACCCUCUAGUAUUUGAUCCCGACCGCUUCAUUCCUCAAGAUGGGAAAGACGUCCAACCAGAACCAACACCCGCGUUUGGUUUUGGAAGACGUAUCUGUCCCGGUAGAUAUCUCGCGUUAAAUACUGCCUGGAUUGCCAUCGCAUCUAUGGCGUCGACUUUGUCGUUUUCCAAGGCGGUUGAUUCCGAAGGCCGGGUCAUUGAACCGAGUGAUACCUAUACAAGCGGUUUUGCGAGCUCUCCCAUGCCUUUCAAAUGCAUGAUCAAGGCGCGGUCAGCUGCAGCGCAAGCGUUGCUGGAUUAAGACGAGUUGUACCCAUUUUGAAACAACUACUUUGGUUAGAAGUACGACUUGUCAAACGUUCUCAAUGUCAUCCUCAUAAACGACAGUCCCGCUAAUAAAUUGACUGUCUCCUAGUCUCUCCAGCCGCACCUCGGGGCCAUCCCGGCAUACGACGAUCUUGUUUACAGUGUCUUCCCGAGAUCCUUUCAACGUAUGAUGGGCGUGCUCAUCCUCUCUCUCGUGCCCUUCGAGGUCGUCGCUCAUCGUGAAAGAGUUUUGCUGAGAGUUCUGACCUCCAGAACACGUCCUGAAGUGAAAGUGAGCCCGAUAUCACGCUGCCUUGCCAUGAAUCGUCUGGGCGAGCGUGGCCUGCUGCGACACGUCCAACAAGGAGUGCGGGGCAAUUCCCUAUGGUAUAUAUGUGAGAUGCAGAGUCAGGAAAUAAACAUGAGCG